ACUCACCAUCCAGACUGGACGCAAAAUGGAAUUCCAACUCGUGGUGCUCAUCGGUUGUCUGCUGUGUGUAGUAAAUUCCCUGAACAACAGCGAUGGAAACGAAACAAGCUGCCAAAGCUCCCGGAUAAGCCAUCGUUCCCAUUAUGCUUCAAAAACUGCAUAUGAAGUAGUACGAGAUCAAAACGAGAACCGAGAGUCCAACGCCGAAGGUUGUGUACCUUUAAAAUUCUGGCUGUUGAGUCAACAUGGAACUCGACUCCCUGGAAAGAAGGAUAUCAGGGCACUCUCUAGCGAGCUGAAUAAUUUACGAAAAUCGAUUUUGAAAAACAGUAAGUCUGAGAAAAUAUUUACAAUUUGUCCGGCCGAUUUGGAACGAUUGCGAGCCUGGCGUUGGAACAACAGUAUAACUGUUGACCGUGCAUCAUAUCUCACGGAACAAGGCUGGAACGACCUGAAGUCUCUGGCAGAACGGAUGAAGCAACGUUUCCCUGGAAUUUUUUCCGAGGAAUACAGCAAGUCGAAGUACCUGUUUCGUUAUACUGACACUCAACGUACGGAGGAAAGCUACAAAGCGUUUGCUGAGGGUCUAUUCGGGAAAGGAGCUCACAACUUCAUCGAGGCCGAGACUGAGACGGAUCGUGAUACGCUGCUGAGGCCGUACGAGGCCUGUUCAGCGUACGGGAAAAAUAAGAAACGUAUCAAGAAACGGGACUCAGAGUUGAAUAAAUUUCUCGAGUCGGAUCUCUAUUUGGAAACGGUGUCGGACAUUUCUGACCAGCUUGGUUUUCGAACCAGUCUUAGCUCCGACCAGGUCGAAGCCAUGUGGGAUGCCUGUCGGUAUGAGCAAGCAUGGUACCUCGAGCGGCCGAGUCCUUGGUGUGGUGUGUUUAAUAAAAAUCAGGUUGAAGUACUAGAAUACAAGGAAGAUCUCAAGUACUACUAUCAGAACAGUUAUGGUUAUGAGAAAAGUGCCGAUCUAGCUUGUUUCACAGUAGUAGACAUGAUACGAAAUUUUGAAUAUAGCAACGAUCCUAGAGUUGUGGCUUAUUUUACCCAUGAGACGCAAAUCCAGAUAUUCUUAACUGCGCUAGGCGUAUUCAGAGAUAAAAAACGGUUGAAAGCCAAAAAUUGGGACAAAAUGAGGAUGCGUUUGUUUAAAUCGAGUCAAUUGACACCAUUUGCUGCUAAUGUGAUUGCCGUAGCAUACAACUGCAGCCAGGGCGCAGACCCGGUAAGAGUUGGCUUUUUCCUCAAUGAAAAGGAACUAAGGCUGGACUGGUGCCGGGGACAAUUGUGCAGUUUGUCAGAGUUGGAGCAGCGAUACAGACGAUAUAUUGAUGGAAAAUGUUCAAAAUUGUACUGUAAGUGAAGCAGCAACUAAAUCAAACGCAUUUUUCACAGUUUUAUACGAAAACCUGAACCUGAUCUGAUAAAUGAAAACAAUUCCAUAAACUGAAGCCAUAGCACCUUCCAAACAA